GAAAAAAAGGAAAUUCCUUUUCCCAUCAAAACUCCAUUGGAGGUUUGCCUUGUUGCUCUCAAAGCUCCGAGGGGUUCUCUCUGCUGUGGCCUCGGCGCCAUUUCCCAUCCCAGUAGCUCUCUCUGGACUGGGACGAUGCCAACCUCAGCUUCUUCUGCGACUCCCAAGCCUUCCUCCGAGCUCGUCGCUCGGUUGACGGCCGCCGACGCCGCCGUCAAGCUGAAGGCCUUGAGAGACAUCAAGAAUCAGAUCAUUGGAAACCGCACCAAGAAGCUGUCCUUCAUCAAGCUCGGCGUUGUCCCCCAUGUUGCUGCCGUUCUCUCCUCCACUUCCGACCCCAACAUUCUUGUCCAGUCCGCUGCUGUUCUUGGCAGCUUUUCCUGCGGCGUCGAUGUUGGUGUUUCCGCCGUUCUCGAUGCUGGAGCCUUCCCUCGAUUGCUUCGAUUGCUUUCCGAUCCCGAUCCCAAGGUUGUUGAUGCGGGAGCUCGCUCGCUAAGAAUGAUUUAUCAAUCAAAGUUGGCUCCUAAGUAUGAUUUCCUUCAGCAGGAAAACGCCAAAUUUCUUCUUUCAUUAUUGAAUAGUCAAAAUGAAAAUGUGACUGGACUUGGGGCAAGUAUCAUCGUUCACUCCUGUGAGACAAUUGCAGAGCAGAAGGCAUUGUUUCAUGGUGGAGUUCUAGAGAAGCUUAUUGGCCUUCUUGAUGGAUCUCUAAGUCAAAGGGAUGCUAGUUUAGAGUCUAUUGCUACAAUAUUUAAGAAUAAUGUUGAGGCCAUAGAAAAGUUCAUGCAACCUGGCAGAGAAGAUUCUUUGAGAUACAUAAUUGAAUUGAUGAAGGAUAGAAGUCCCAAGACAAGAUUGCUAGCCUGUGUAUGCUUGAUUGUUAUAAGGAAUUCGUCACCUUGUUAUCUGCAAGAUAUAGGAAUAAAAAUGAAAUUGAUACUUAGUUUGCUCGAGCUUCUCGACAAUCCAGGUCAAGUUGGAGAUGAAGCUUCCUUCAUUUUUUCGACUUUACUUGCUGAGAAGGAGGAGCUACAGAAACUUGCUUUUGAGGCAAAUGCAAUUGAUAAGUUUUACAAUCACUUGCAAAAGGAUCAGUUAAGUCCUAGACGCUUACAAGGAAUAUUGCUGGCUUUUUCUCAUCUGUGCUCAAAGUUGGAGAGCUGUAGGUCUAGGUUUCUCUCAUUGCAGGUAAUGAACAUAGUGAUCAAUGCCCUAAAACAUGAAAGUAGUGACAUACGAACCGCAGCUUGCACUUGCUUGAGAAGUGUCUCUCGAUCAAUCAAGAAUUUGAGUGCUGGUUACUUUAUGAACGAAGCAGUUGUCUUUCCCUUAGUUCAGCUUUUACAUGAUCCUUCUAAUACUGUUCAGGUUGCAGCACUUGGUGCUAUUAGCAACAUAGUUGUCGACUUUUCAACAAAGAGAUCAAUAUUUAUUGAAUGUGGAGGUGUGAAAGAGCUGGUUCGAUUAUCAAAGUCUAUGGACUUGGACAUAAGGCUGAAUGCGUUGCGGGCUUUAAGGAAUUUAAUAUUCUUUGCAAACAACAUGUGUAAAGCAGGGAUCUUUGUGGAGUUAACAGCUUCAUUGUUAGCCAGCCUUGUCUGUGAUCCUGAGCCUUCCGUUCAGGAGCAUGCUAUGGCCUUUGUGCGCAAUCUUAUUGAUGGAUGUGAGGACUCAAUUGAGUAUGUGUUUGCUGAAGAUGGCAUCAUAUUGGACACUAUUGGCCGGCAAUUGCAAAGUACUUCAAGAGACGAAAUUGGAGUGCAGGGAAUGUAUGUACUUUGCAAUGUUGCUAGUGGAAAUGAGCUUCAUAAGGAAGGGGUCAUGAAGCAACUAUUUCCACAAGGAGAUGAAGUGGUCCAGUCAUUCGUGAUCAAGUUUUUGCAGAGUGACAACAGUCAGCUUCGAAUUGCUGCUGUCUGGGCAAUAAUUAAUCUUACUUCGCCUUCAAGUACGUAUGCUCUAGGUCGGGUUACGAAGCUACGGAAUGCUGGUAUUGUUUCUCAAAUUAAGAAUAUGGCCAAUGAUCCGUGCCUGGAUGUAAAGUUCCGUGUGAGAACCGUUCUUGGACAGCUAAUAGCUUUUGGUGAUGGUAUUACAUUGUAAAUUUUCCCAUCAUCAAAACCCAAGAAAAGAAGAGCGCUGCUUGCAGUUUUGUUUUUGAUCCACUAUUUUUGUUGGAUAUUAUUGAGCUUUUUGUUGGCGGCUUUGAUCCAUUUGGACAUGAAAGCUUUUUGCGCCUUGCAGUAUAUUCCACGGGCGGCUCUUGACCUUACAGGUUACCCAUAAAAAUCUUAAUUUUUGGAUGCAUUCCAGCCUCUAUUGGUGGGAAUUUUGAUCUCUCCUAAAUUCUUCUUUUCUUCUUUUGGUAUCUCUCAAAUGAUCAUAUGGUUAGUUUGGCUUGAAGGCAUAAUAUAAGACUCGUAAAUAUUGCCUAUAAACAAUUUCACUGUUAUUACUGUUCUGCUCGAAGGGUUUCCUAUAUAGGCUACAAAUUGUCGCUUUCAUACCUUGCUCCAACGUUCACCAAGACCCAGAAACUUUCUUUUUUCAGAGAAAUAUAACCUUAAGCUUUGUUAAGGAAAAACAACGAAACCUAAAUGAAUGAUAGUUUGGCUAAGUUGUACCUUUUCAAGGAUGGUUUAUAUUAUUCAAGCAUCCAAGGAGAGUAAUUCAAUUCAUGCAGAUGUCUUCUUUCCUUCAAACAGAUACAAACUUCCAAGUAUUGCUGCUAUGCCAUGCUCCAAAUCCACCACUAUACUUUAUUUCCUCCUAAUCUUGUUGUGUCCUAUUUAAUUAGUGUGCAUUUGAACAUAGUUGAUCAAUAUGAUAUAUGUUCUAUCAAUACCAUUUUAUAUAAACAAAUUGAGAGAAUCACAUGAAUCAGUCUUUUGUGCUGAGGUUUAUAAUUGGUAUUUUAGAACAGGUGUUUAAAUUGAGCAAAGCUUUGGAGUGUCUACGUGGUGUAGAUCCAUAUUUAUCCCUAAUGUAUGUGGUUUUUAGCAGCAGAAUCAUCAUUAUUCUGUGAUCCAGGAGGAAGGGAUGCGCUUCAGUCAAAACCAGAUUGCUUGCAUUCCAACCUGUUUUACGAAGUGUACAAAGAUGCAAAGCCGUAGGUUCAUAGUACAUUUAACAGUUGAAUUGAUCUCCAUGGCAUAUGUACACAAAGUGACAAGGUUUCCUUUGAUCAUUAAGAGCUGAAAACCAUUACAUUUUACUUAUUACUGGUCAAGCUCAAGAACAUUUUACUCAUGAUCUGUUUUCUAUCUCUUGCUUGAAUAAUCUGUUCGUUUUGCCCUGUCGUUACUAACUCGAGAAAAGUUAUGUUGUAUCAGUAUCAUGCUUAACUCACCAUUGAGAUGCCUCGAGCGUAGCCGAUUCAAAACAAUCAAUCCAAUGGUUGCUCGUUUUUUAAGAUCCUCUGACUACAGGUUGUGCAAACAAACAGAACCAGGAGUGGGAAAAAUCAAGAAAGAACAAGUAAAUUGCACAUUAUUAGCUCAUUCUGGCUCACUCUCAUCCAAGAUAUGCAUGUAAUAGAAAUAGAAGCAUUCGUUAUGAGAAAACCCCAGCUCUACAUUUUAUCUUCAGAACAACUAAAAUGGAGGCUAAAUAUCUACACAUCUUACACAAUACAAUGACUGACUGCAUACACAUCUUCAACAAAAAAAAACGACUGCAUCAUGAAGGAUCAACAAGGGAGAGAGAACUCGAACCUACACAUGUUCUUUAGCCAAUCUUCUCUGUGUUGGUGUCAUCAGAAGGCCAUAUAACAGUCUCCAUAAGGCGUUCACGCAUCAAUUCCACAUUUUCGUUCGAGAUCUCUUGGUAUAUUUCAGCAUGGUUACAUUUCUACACCAUAGAAGAAAUAAUUGUUUGCAAACUUAUAGUUUUCAUCCAUAUAAAUGAUGGUCUUCCCACAAAGGAAUAUUACAACAAUAGUAAUACCUUCACCCAUUUGCCAUACAGAUGUAGACGUGUGAUCAUUACUCUUUCAGCAAGAUCCUGUCUUUCCUGUCAAUUAGGAACUCAAUGAUUCAGAUGCAGCGACAACCUUUAGGCUUGGCUCGAGAUACUGUGAAUGACCUUAUAUUUUUGUAUUCGAACGACUUUAGCUAUUUUCCCCACUUUUAAUUUGUCAGCAAAUGUUCUAAGUGUAUUACUUGAUAAUGUUAAGAUACAUUGUGCUCUUCAGGUUUA